GGACGGGACGGGUGCUGCCGCCGCACCGCGCUGAGCCCCGCCAGGGUGAGAUGCAAGGUGCAGAGCCGAGGGGUGCUGAGUCGGGGCAGCACCGAGCCUAACCCGGGCACAGGCCCUGCUGUCCCUGUGGAGGCCAAGCCACAGCUGAGCUGCCCGGGAUGAAGGUCCUUCUUCUGCUCCUUCUCUCCCCCCUUCAAGGGCUGGGAGCCAGCAGCCACUGGGAUGAGGACUUCAGCUUCUGUGGUGACCGAAACCAAACCCAGAACAGCUCCGUCAUCUACGAGCACGGCCCUGCCACCAUCUCCAUCGAGAACACAGACCAGGCACUGAUAAUAAAAAGGCCAUUUUUGCCAAAGAGGAGAAACUCUUACUACAAGUACAGCUUGCCCCUGGCUUUGGGCCGGUACCGCUUCUGCAUCUACUGGUUCCAGGCCAACAGGACCCUGCGACUGGCCUAUGGGAAGCAGAGCUUCCUGCUGGGUGGGGACCUAUCCCACAGCAUCCUCCGGGACAGGGAGAGCCAGGAGACUGAAAGAACCAGCACCUCCAUCUUCAAUGUCUCCUACAUCUCAAAGGACGGGAAGAACACCUCCCUCAACAGUGCAUCUGAAUACUUCUUCCCUGCCUCUCCUGAGAGCUUCCCCAUCUGGCAGGAAGAUGUGGAGGAGCAGCUCACUGCCCUGGACAGCCUCAUCUCACACUCCCCCUCCUCAGGAGCCAGAGACCAGGGGACACUUCGCCGCAAACUUGGGGAGUUGGAGAAGACGUUGGCCAAGGUGGAGCUGGAAGGGCAGAACCAGACCUUUGGGAAGGCCACUGUGCAGGCCACUGUCCUCCUGCUCCAGCCCACUCGGGUUCCUCAUCACCUGGCCUUUGCUUCCCAAAGAGAGGAGGGUGGAGUGGUCCAUGGGUUCGUGGUGGACCUGCCGAGCAGCCUGUUGGUGAUGGCAAAGGAGAAGGAGAAGGUGGUGGAGCACAGGGUGCUCAUUAUGGACAUCAACAGGCAGACCAUGUUCCAGGAUGGAAACAGCAGCCAUGUCCUGGGUGACAAAGUGGUUGGUGUCUCCCUCGUGGACACGGUGGUUGCCAACCUCUCUGAUCCAGUGGUCCUCACUUUCUUCCAUGAGCAGUUGCUGGGGAAUGUGACCCCGCUGUGCGUCUUCUGGCAGGAGGACACCUCUGGCAGCUCAGGGAACUGGGACAGCUCUGGUUGUACAACAGCACCGGGGAGCAGCUGGACAGACUGCAAGUGCAACCACCUCACCUACUUUGCUGUGCUGAUGGUAUCCUCCCCAGAGAUCUCCUACGUACACAGGGAUUACCUGAGCAUCAUAACCUACAUUGGCUGCCUGAUCUCAGCUUUGGCAUCCAUUUGCACCAUCUUCUUCCUCUAUUUCAGGAGCAAGCAGAGAGACCAGACCACAAGUAUGCACAUCCACAUGAACCUGCUGGGCGCCAUCUUCCUCUUGGAUGUCACCUUCCUCGUCUCUGAGCACUUGGCCUCCAGCAGCAGCCAGGCAUUCUGCAGAGCUGGGGGGCUCUUCCUCCACUUCUCCCUCCUCAGCUGCCUCACCUGGAUGGGCAUCGAGGGCUACAACCUCUACCGCCUUGUGAUUGGAGUCUUCAACACCUACCAUGACCACUUCCUCCUCAAGCUCUGCCUAGUGGGUUGGGGAAUCCCUUUCUUCUGCGUGACUGUGAUCUUCCUGGCGAGCUGGACAAACUAUGGCCCCUUCUCCAUUCCUGUUUAUGAAUCCAUUGGUGGCAAAUCCACCAAUGCAACCAUAUGCUGGAUCACAAGCCCCCUGAUCCAUAAUGUUGUGAACCUGGGAUUCUUCAGCCUCGUGUUCCUCUUUAACUCAGUCAUGCUGGGGGCCAUGGUCCGGGAGCUCUUCCGGCAGAACAAGAAAGGCCACAAGCUCAAGCAUAUCCUGGCCCUCCUUGGGCUGAGCAUCCUGUUGGGAAUUCCCUGGGCACUGAUCUUCUUCUCCUUCACCUCCGGCACCUUCCGCAUCAUCUCCCUUUACAUCUUCACCAUCAUCAACUCCCUCCAAGGUUUCCUCAUCUUCCUCUGGUACUGGACCAUGGUGCUGCAGGCCAGAAAGCCCCCUGACUCACAGAGCAACUCUGACAGUGUUAAACUGCAGCCCAACAGCAGCCAGAGCCACCUCAGCUGAGCCCUGGGUGUCCAUGCUCUGCUGGAGGGCCCUGCAGAGGCAUCAGCACCAUCCACUUUGCUACUGCACCCACCUUGCAGGGCUCCUGGGAGCCCAGGGGCUUGCAGUGGCCACCCCAAGCCCCUCACCUCUGCCGGACCCUUCCCCAAUUCCUCCUGCCCCCCUGGCAUCCCACUGAGCAACCAACAGAACAUUUCUUGCCUUGGCCUCUUUGGGGCAGGAGAGCAGGAUGUUCACCCAGGCAGUGGAGAGCUGCAGGGACAGGGUCCCCAGAGCCUCUGGUUGUCCCCUCCAAUGCCCUGGGGCCAGGGAAUGUUGGGUGGGAAAGGGCCUGUCUUCAGCCCUGGCUGGUGGUCACUGGGAGGGUCCUUCCCCAUGAAGGUAGAAUUGCUCUGCCCCUGCAACCCCCUCCAGCAGCUGAAAUAAUCUAUUUUUGUUACUUUUUUGAAUGUAUAUUUUUGGAUGGUGUAGAAGUGUAACAAGGGCACUCGACUUGCUCCCAUUAAAGCUGUUCCUU